AUGGCAAAAGGGUUUAAAAUUGAACUACAAGCUAAUGAAGAAUUAGCUGAACCUGAGCCAUUCAGAAGAUUGAUAGGUCGAUUAAUAUACUUAAAUCUAACUAGACCUGAUAUAAGUUUCUGUGUUCAACAAUUAUCACAGUACAUGCUCAAACCAACAAAAAACCAAAUGAUAGCUGCUAUUCAAAUUGUAAAGUACCUCAAAGGAAACCCAUCUUUGAGAGUAUUUUACGAAUCAAAUAGCAACAUAAUUAUAAAGGGAUACUCUGAUUCUGAUUGGGCAACAUGCACAUUAAGUAGAAAGUCAGUUACUGGUUAUUGCAUUUUUCUUGGAAAUUCACCAAUUUCAUGGAAAACCAAGAAACAAGUAACAAUAUCAAGAUCAUCGGCAGAAGCCGAAUACAGAAGCCUUGCAAGCACUGUUUGCGAAUUGCAAUGGCUAUUGUAUAUUCUCAAGGAUUUCAAAAUUUAA